AUGUCGUCUCUCACAUUCCCCAUGCGCCAGCUCUACUACGAUGGCAAGGUUCAGCCUGCCUCUUCCGGCAAGACCUUUCAGACCGUUAACCCCUCCAACGCUACCCCGCUGGCUGAAAUCCAGGUCGCCGCACCCUCUGAUAUAGAUGCGGCUAUUGCCGCCGCCGACCGUGCGUUCUCCUCUUGGUCUCAAACCUCUCCCAUUGCUCGUGCCCGUAUCCUUCAAAAAGCAGCCAGCCUCUUGCGGGAGCGCAAUGACGAGAUUGCUCGUGUCGAGACGUUGGACUCCGGAAAGGCAUACACUGAGACGAGCACCGUCGAUGUUGUCACGGGAGCCGAUUCCCUGGAGUAUUAUGCAAAUCUGGUUGGAGGCGGUGGGCUAAAUGGUGAGACUACCCAGCUGAGGGAGGACGCUUGGGUAUACACGAAGAAGGCCCCGUUGGGGGUAUGCGUAGGCAUCGGCGCAUGGAACUACCCCAUCCAAAUUGCGCUGUGGAAAUCCGCGCCUUGUCUGGCUGCCGGAAACACCAUGGUAUACAAGCCGAGUGAAUUCACCCCACUUCACGCUCAAACACUUGCCGAGAUCUACAAGGAAGCUGGACUUCCCUCGGGCGUUUUCAAUGUGGUGUACGGCGCAGGCGACGUUGGUGCAUACUUGACUGCCCAGCCGACCAUCGCCAAGGUUUCCUUCACGGGCCAGGUGUCCACCGGCAUGAAAGUUGCCGGUUCUGCCGCUGGCAACAUGAAGUAUGUGACGAUGGAGCUUGGAGGCAAGAGCCCCCUCAUCAUUCUUCCUGACGCCGAGCUGGACAAUGCAGUGGAUGGAGCCAUGAUGGCCAACUUCUACAGCACAGGCCAGGUCUGUACCAAUGGUACCCGAGUCUUUGUCCCCACAGUUAUGAAGACUGCUUUUGAAAAGCGCCUACUGGAGAAGAUGCAGUACAUUCGCCCCGGUCCUCUGUUCGACAGCGCUACCAACUUUGGUCCGCUGAGCUCGGGCGUCCAUAUGGAGAAAGUGGCUUCUUACAUCCGUCACGGAAUUGAGACAGACAAGGCCACCCUGCUCUACGGCGGGCUGGGUAAGCCGCAGGUUCCGAAGGAAUUGGAGGAUGGGUACUGGGUUCGGCCCACUGUCUUCACGGACUGCACAGAUGACAUGCGCAUUGUCAAGGAGGAGAUCUUCGGUCCGGUGAUGUCCAUCCUCUCCUACGAGACUGUUGAGGAAGCGGUUACGCGGGCAAACGCCACCAAGCUUGGACUGGCUGCGGGCGUCUUCACCAGGGACAUCAAUAUGGCCCACCGCAUCAUCGACCAGCUGCAGGCGGGUAUCACUUGGAUCAACAGCUGGGGUGAGAGUCCGUCCGAAAUGGCUGUCGGUGGAUGGAAGAACAGCGGUGUAGGUGUUGAGAAUGGACGCCGAGGCAUUGAGGCCUGGGUGAAAAACAAGAGCACCCUGGUGGAUAUGAACGGCGCCGUUGCCACCGUCUUCGCCAAACUGUAA